AUGGCCUCUACUCAGAUCAUCAUCAUCACCAUCCUCGCACUCAUCACUCCAAUUUUUGCCACAGAAUUCAUUGUCGGAGACAAUGAUGGUUGGAAGAUUAACUUCGAUUACGAAGCUUGGGCCAUGGGGAAAAUGUUUAUGGUGGGAGACACACUAGGACCAUCGGCCAACGAGGCUCUGACCACCGGAAAUGAUGUCAUCACUCUUAAGACUCCAGGAAACAAAUGGUACAUUUGUGGUGUCGGGCAGCACUGUGCGAUGGGGAAUCAGAAGCUUGCCAUAACUGUGCAUGAAUCAGUGGCUCCAGCACCUAUGCCUGCUGGUCCCGCUCCAAUUUUUGCCACGGAAUUCAUUGUUGGAGACAAUGAUGGUUGGAAGAUUAACUUCGAUUAUGAAGCUUGGGCCAAGGGAAAAAUGUUUAUGGUCGGAGACACACUAGUUUUCAAGUACACGGAGGGAUCCCACAAUGUGUUCAAGGUGAACGGAACUGGAUUUGACCAAUGCAUUAAACCACCGGCCAAUGAGGCUCUGACCACCGGAAAUGAUGUCAUCACUCUUAAGACUCCCGGAAACAAAUGGUACAUUUGUGGUGUCGGGCAGCACUGUGCGAUGGGGAACCAGAAGCUUGCCAUAACUGUUCAUGAAUCAAUGGCUCCAGCACCUAUGCCUGCUGGUCCAAUCUCUGCUGCAGCCACACAAGGAAUGGCUGCAUCUAGAUAUUAUGGGGGGAUGGUGGCUGCAGCUUUUGGCAUUCUUUUGAUUGUCAUGGUUUAA